CUAUUUUCCCAGCCGUCUUUGAACGCAGCUCCCGUCCGUCUGCGUCAACAACACUCCGCCGUCUCGGCCGCUUGUUUGUCGGGAUCUUCGUCUCGCUGCUGCCGAUCCGGCUGGUAUCCACCCGGAGCUCUGGUGCAGGGCUACUUUUGACCUGUUUUAGUGUUUUUGCUGAGUCACUUCUUCACCUGGAGACCUUCCUGAUUCUUACUGACUGGACAACUUCAUCAAGCUGGCCAGCGACUCCAUCCACAGCUGGACAAUGAGUGAAUGAUGUCUAAGAGCAGCUGCUAUGGCCUGCAGCAGCGGUCAGAGCAAUGCCGAAUCUCUGGAGGGGUUCCACGAGGUGAACCUGGCUUCACCCACCACACCUGACCUUCAGAACCAAGCAGAGCAGCGCGCCCCUACCCGUCACAGCACCCCACCCGCGUCUCUGUAUCGCACCCACUCUCUGGGACCCCCCCCUGCUGGCCUCCCCACCUCCCUGCGGGCCGACCAGCUCCCCACACAGCCAGUGUACUCCACGCCGCGGCACAGCCACAAUGGAAGUGUGCCAGGCUUGGAGGCGGAGUCGGCCGAGGGUAACUUCCUGCCUGGAGAGGACGGGGAGGAAUGCAGCGCUUUGAGCGACAGCUUGUCGCGUCUGCGUAGCCCGUCGGUGAUGGAGGUCCGGGAGAAAGGCUACGAGAGGCUAAAGGAAGAGUUGGCGAAGGCUCAGAGGGAUCUGCUGUUGAAGGAUGAGGAGUGUGAAAGGUUGUCUAAAGUCAGAGACCAGCUCGGCCAGGAGCUGGAGGAGCUCACCGCCAGUCUCUUCCAGGAGGCCCACAAGAUGGUGAGGGAAGCGAACGUCAAACAGGCUAAUGCUGAAAAGCAGUUGAAAGAAGCACUGGGAAAGAUUGACGUCCUCCAGGCUGAGGUCCAGGCCUUGAAGACGCUGGUGCUCUCCUCCCCCACCUCCCCUGUGGGUGAGCUCCCCUCUGGAGGGGUGAAGACGCCCUUCAGGAAGGGCCACAGCCGGAACAAGAGCACCUCCUCCGCCAUCAUGGGGACGCAGCCCGACCCGUCGGCCACGCAGCCCAUCGUACGGGAGUGUAGGGAGGUGGACAGUCAGCUGUUCGGGGAGUUUAAGGCGUGGAAAGAGGAGCCGACGCUGGACCGGGGCUGCUCCUUCCUGGAGAGAGUUUACCGGGAGGACAUCUACCCCUGCCUCACCUUCAGCAAGAGCGAGCUGGGUUCGGCCAUCCUGGAAGCCGUGGAGCAGAACACACUCAGCGUGGAGCCGGUGGGUUUCCAUCCGCUGCCGGUCGUUAAAGCAUCAGCGGUGGAGUGCGGAGGACCAAAUGGCCGAAGGGCUGAGCUCGUCACAAAAUGCGCCCUGAGUGGUCAGACCAAAACCUGUAAGCACAGAAUCAAGUUCGGAGACUCAUCCAACUAUUACUACGUCUCUCCGUUCUGUAGAUAUAAAAUCACAACAGUGUGUAAUUUCUUUACCUACAUUCGCUACAUCCACCAAGGGCUGGUCAAGCAGCAGGAUGCCGAGCAGAUGUUCUGGGAGGUGAUGCAGCUCCGCAGGGAAAUGUCCUUCGCCAAGCUCGGCUACUACAAAGACCAGCUGUGACCCCCCCGACGGCACGUACAGCCCAGCUGCCCCCUCGCAGCAGAUUCUGACCUGAGGUCCUGUCCUCCCCCUGGUCCUGCCCCCCCAUCCACCAUUUCUGGAGCCCCCCGGCACACAGCCGCCUCCCUCACCCCGUGUGUGAGUGUUUUUGUGUGCGUGUGUGAGAGAAACUGUUUACUUUUGAUCAACACAACACGAAAGACUGAAAAACUGCAACCUGGAUGCUCUGUUGUUGUUGUUGUUACUGAUCUGAACUGUGCAUGGGUUUCUGCUGAGUUUGAUGUUUGCUUUGUUGAAAGUUUAACACUCCGUUAUAUGAAGACAACUGACAUGAAGAAAAGAACGACCUGUUCUUCCCCCCUUUUUUUUAAAAAAAAAGAGAAAAAAAAAGCAAACAUUUUGUCUUUAAGUUGGACCUUAAUAAAUAUCCAAUGAGGGAUUAAAAUGUCUCUGUUGCCAAUUGAGAUACUUUUCUGGACAGAAGAUGUAGAGUCUGUGACAUUCUGUGUGGACAAUUGCAAAUUUAGAGAAUAGAGCUGAAAUUAAGAGGCAGGUUCUAUGUUGAAGACGGAGGACUAAAAAUCUUAAAACAACAACAAAACGUUAUUUUUGUAAUAAACAGUAAAAUUGCAUCCUAUGAAUAUCCAUAAAUAUCAAUUAAAGUUGAAAUUUUAGAAGGGGAACAUGUCAAAUUAAGGGUAAUGUAAUUUUACUACACAAUAAUAAAAAUAAUGAGAAAAUCCAAGGGUAAGAAAAUAAAAUACAAAAACUGUAUUAAAUUAUACCUUUGAAACAGUUUGAGCAAAAACUCAAUUUCAGUAUUUGAGAAAGUCAUUAAAAUACAAGUCAUGAAUAUUCACAGAAAGUUCCAAACCUUUACAAUCAAAUCUGAAGGUUUAUUCUUGUAAAGUCUCCAUAAAAUAAUUUUGAUUCUUUAUGUGCAACUUAGUUUGAUCAAAAUCACAAUUGAAUUCAAACAUUUUAAAAUGCAAUAUUCCCAAUUUGAGUUAAUUUAAUACCAAACAUAUUUUUUCUUGACAUAAAACUUGAAAAGAUUUUCUCAGAUGUUGUAUUUUUUAAAAUAUUGUUUCAUUUUGUACAGUUUGGAAAUUGAGUUUUUGUUGCAGAUUUAAUUUUUCUUCCCCCACAAAAAGUGGCCCAAUCUCUUAAAAUUAUUGACUUUUUCCACUGCUUACUGUUCCUUUUAUAGUUUUGUUAUUACACGUAUAUUAUACAUUUCCAACUUCAUGAUUUUCAUAAAAUGAUUCUUCCAUACUCUUAAUCCCUCAAAUUUGAACUGUCAGAUUUCAGCUUUAUUUUUAAUCUAAAAAUAUGAACACCAAGACUCAAUAUUGAAAAGACAAUCACAAAAUGUGCUUUUAAAUUAGAGCCAUUUUAAAUUAAUCAUCUCAAAAUACAGGACAUGUAUUUUUUCAUUUAUUUUCAUUGAAUUCCAAGUAUUUUCUUGUAAAGCUUCAUUUAUAUAAUUUAGUUUCCCUUCUGAAACCACAUCUUUACCCAGAAAAAAAACUCAAAACAUCCAAAAUUUACCAAAACAUUUUUUUUUUUCAUUAAACAAAAAAAAAUUGUAAUAUUUCUAGAAAUAUUUAUGUUGUGUUAUUUCCCCAUUUCUUUUAUCCUCUAAACUUUGAAGUGAAAUUGAUAGUUACUGUUUAAUAAUGAAACUGUGCAUAAGCUCAUAUUUAUAUUUAGUUCGUGUAGAAGCAUGUGAAGAAGCUAUGAUGGCAACGUCUGAGUGUCCUGGAAAACAUUUGACUGAAUGUGAGUUUCUGUUGUUUUGUAAUUGAAAAGUUCAGACACUAGUUAUUCGUUUUUGAAGCACUACUCUACAGAAAAUAGUGUGUCAUUCCCAGAUGCUGAAAGUUUUUCUUUAACAGCUCCUGCGGUUUUCAGGACGCUAUAUUUAAUCAGGAAUGGUGGCGAUGGUGAGCUGUGGGUGAAUGUUGAACGUCUGGUGUUCUGUCAACUUCUUAUGUUUAUUUAAACUGAGUCCACUUCUCUGCAUCCGUUUCACUCCCGGUUUGGUUUAGUGCCUUUUCUCUCAGACACUGAAAUAAAAAACAGUAAUACCUCUGAAA